AUGGCCACGGAUUCCAGCGAUGAAGGAGAUCUUCUGACACCAGAUGACCAAAAUACGUACAAAUCGGUCAGCGAAGAUGUCGAAGGCGAUGCCUUGGAGGUGGAAGAUGUCCGUGUACAGCGCAAGAAUGAUAUGGAAGAUGGUACGUAUUCUAAAACAAGAAACAGACAUCUGCAUGAAACAUCACCACCUAAACUGUUUCCAUGUCGCGACGUAGAGAUCUACAGAUGCCUGAAUAAGAUAUCUGAGGGGACAUAUGGGUCGGUAUACCGGGCACUAGACAAGCAAACCGGGGAAAUUGUGGCACUCAAACACAUCAAAUUUCACGAAUCGCACUGGAGGGAGGGAUUCCCAGUUAGCUAUUUAAGGGAAAUAUCUAUUCUCCUUGAACUGAACCACCCGAACAUACUAAGCGUGAAAGAGGUAGUCACCAACGAAGCCAGAGACCAGUACUAUAUGGUAAUGGAGUACGUAGAACACGAACUCAAGACGUUACUGCAAGAUAGAAGACCCGAUUUCACGCUAUCCGAACGAAAGUGUCUAAUCUACCAGCUUUUACUGGGGGUAGAAUACUUACACGCUCAUUGGGUGCUCCAUCGUGACCUUAAGACAACGAACAUACUUUACAACAACAGAGGAGUGCUAAAAAUAUGCGACUUUGGUAUGGCACGAAAAUUCGGACACCCUAUCAAAACAUACACGCAAAAUGUAGUUACCCAUUGGUACCGGGCUCCAGAGCUCUUCCUGGGACAAGAAAAAUACACGGAAGCUGUAGACAUAUGGUCUGUGGGAUGCAUUUUUGCAGAAAUCAUAAGUGGAAAACCCCUAUUCAUGGGUACUACUGACGCCGGUACGCUCGACAAAAUAUUCAGGUGUUGCGGGUCACCUACGAAGGAAACAUGGCCAGGAUACAAUGAAUUGCCUCUCGUAAAGGAUAGGAGGUUUCCAUUGUCACACCAUAAACCCAAUUUUCACGCUUACUUUAAGAAGGAAAUGACCACAAACGAUGGUUGUUACAUGACUGAGUCAGGAAUAGACCUUCUGAUGAAGAUGCUCACGCUGGACCCAACUAAACGCAUAUCGGCCAAAGAUGCACUGAAUCAUCCAUAUCUAACGACGGUAAGAAAUGAUAACGUUUCCAGAUGUUAUAUAUCGUCACAGGAAAAACCGAGACCACGAGCACUGGAACUCAUGCCAACAAUUCCUGACACGAACGCAAAGGCACGCGUAAAGCGUGCACAGGAGGAAGAAGACAGUAAAUUGUCAAGAUUCAUGGGACGCGUUAACCCGGUCAAGUUUCUCGCUCUAAUGGAAAAAGGAAGAGCGAAACGAUACAGGCACUGA